CUGUUACUUUAUAUGUUCGUGACAUGACUGAGUUUCUUAAUAUGAAUGCACAAUAUGCUUCAAUAAUGUGUAGAAUUAGUCCUCCUGUGAGAGUUUGUGUUGAAAUACCUCUUUCAGAGUACACACCUAUUCUUAUGGAUGUAGUGGCCUAUAAACCACCAUCCAARUCAUCCUCAAAUUCAAACCUCCCAUCAAUGUCCAAACAUACAAUGCAUGUACAAAGUAUAUCUCAUUGGGCGCCUGCUAAUAUUGGACCAUAUAGCCAAGCUAUUCGAGUUGGUGAUAUUAUUUAUGUUGCUGGACAGAUUGCACUAGUGCCAGGUACAUUGAAUAUUGUUGAGGGUGGAAUUAGGCAACAAUGUCGACUUUCAUUAAGACAUGUUAGCMGAAUUAUUAAAGCAGUUGAUACUAAUACACAACUUAGAGAUGUUGUUCAAGGCAUAUGUUAUGUGACUCAUACCAAAUAUAUUCAUGCUGCUAGAACAGAAUGGGAAAAAAGGACAAAUAAUGCUAUUGUAGAUUAUAUUGUAGUAUCACGACUUCCAAAAAAUGCUAUUGUAGAAUGGCAUUUAUGGGCACAUAGACAUAAUGCUAGAUUUGAAUAUGAAGAAACAGGUUGUUGUGUUGACAAUUAUAGGGUGUCAAUACGUCGACGUUGGAACUAUGAAAACAAUGUGGCUGCAAUUGUUACAUACAUUUCAUCUGGAUCAUGCACUUCAUUAUCAACCAUAACUGAGUCAUUAGAGACAUCUACUGAAUCUAUAUCUGCCAUUGGUCUAGAGGAGGCUUUCCGUUAUUCUUUAAAACGACUGCUGCGUGGAGAACCAACUUCAACACCAACUGAUGCAAUUUGCUCGUUACGAAUAUUUUACAAAGUAUCGCAAGAUCAAAAACCUAUAUGUCGACAACUUAUCAAUACUACAUUGAAUAAUUUAAAAGCUGAAUAUCGAAUAGUUGCUACUGUCAUACCUGUGUUACAUUUGCAUCAUCCCAAUACAUUUGUAUCAAUCUGUGCGCUGAGGCAUAAUACCUGAGAUUCAUUACCAUAAAAUUAUUGGCACAAUCGCACACUAGAAUAAGGAACAAAGACAAUGGCCAGCUGUUCCAUUAAUAGAUAAUAAUCAGCUUUAUAUAAAUGUUUUAUAAACCUAUGUAUUAUUAUGGCUAAAGAUGUUUUUGAUUGAAAUCUUAAAAUGUACAGUCAAUAAUAUUCUAGGUAAAAUAUUUAAUUUAUAUAAUUUGUUUUAAUAUCUCAGUUAAACAGUCCGUCCGGUUAAACUUAAAAAAAAAUUCUUAGGUGUGCUUUACCCAAAAUAAUUUAUUUGCUCAAAUACAAUUUGUUUAAACAUUAUUUAUAAUUACUUAUUUGGUUUGCUAUUCAUA